GGGCCGGAGAAUGCGCCUGUGAUUGGAGGGUCCGGGGUAUCGGGACGCUUGUGAUUGGGCGAGGCCAGACGGAGGGCCGCUUUUGAACCGCGUAGGGUUCUGGGUAGCAAGGACCUUGGAAGGGUCUUAACCGAAAGGGGGAGGGGGAAGGUCGCCAACAAACGGCUGAGCUCACAAUCCGGGCCGGGACCAGGCCGGGGCGUCCCCCUCCCCCCAUGGAGAGAGCCAGGCCAGAGCCGAAGCCUCAGCCGCGCCAACUGCCGCGGGCGACCCCGCCGCGCCCGCUCCGCCCUGCUCCGCCCCAGCGGCCGGUCGAGGGCGCCUCCUUUAGGGCUGCGGCCGCGGAGCUCCCUCCGUCGCCUCCCACCUCGUGCGCGGCCGCCAUUGCGACCGUGGCCUCGUCGUGCGGGGAGGCCCAGGCGUCGGGUGUACAGCCCGCCGCACGGCGGCUGCUGCAGGCGAAGCCGGAACAGGUGUUGCUGCUGCCGCCAGGGCCACCGCUGGCUCAGGCCCUGGACGAAGGCGUCGUCGCUUCGCCCGCACAGGCACGGCUGCUGCAGCUGAGGCCCGAGCUGCUGCUGCUGCCACCACCGCCGCCCACGUCCGACGGCGCCCCCUGCAGACCCGAGUUGCACCCGGUGCAGCCCCGGGCGCUCCACAUAAAGGCCGAGAAGCAAGAGCAGGGGCCCGGCUUGGAUCUGUCCGCGGGGACGCGAAGGCCUAUGGAGGCGGGCCCUAGGGCCUCCAGGGCUGCCAAGGUGGAAGGCCCGGGGCCAACUCUCGACUGCCGCCGAGGGAACGAAAAGAAGGGCAAGUUGGAGGCGGAGGAGGUCCUGAGGGACGUGGCGAAAGGCGGGGAAGGCAAAAACCUGGCGACCAUCAGAGAAGGAGUCAUCAAAACGGAGGAGCCCGAGAGACUCCGCGAGGACGGCAGGCUGGGCACGGAGCCCGCGUCCAAUGGCCUGGUCCAUGGCAGCAAAGAAGUCAUCCUAGCCCAGCCAUCCAGUGCCUUUGGGCCACACCAGCAAGACCUCAGGAUCCCUUUGACUCUCCACACAGUCCCUCCUGGGGCCCGCAUCCAAUUUCAGGGACCUCCACCUUCAGAGCUGAUACGGUUGACCGAGGUCCCCUUGACACCAGUGCCUAUUAAAAUGCAAUCUUUACUGGAGCCUUCUGUAAAAAUUGAAACCAAAGAUGUCCCGCUCACCGUGCUUCCCUCAGAUGCAGGAAUACCAGAUACUCCCUUCAGUAAGGACAGAAAUGGUCAUGUGAAGCGACCCAUGAAUGCAUUUAUGGUUUGGGCAAGGAUUCACCGGCCAGCACUAGCCAAAGCUAAUCCAGCAGCCAACAAUGCAGAAAUCAGCGUCCAGCUCGGGUUAGAGUGGAACAAACUUAGUGAGGAACAAAAGAAACCCUAUUAUGAUGAAGCACAAAAGAUUAAAGAAAAGCACAGAGAGGAAUUUCCUGGUUGGGUUUAUCAACCUCGUCCAGGGAAGCGAAAACGCUUCCCUCUAAGUGUUUCCAAUGUGUUUUCUGGUACCACACAGAAUAUCAUCUCUACAAAUCCUACAACAAUAUAUCCUUAUCGCUCACCUACCUACUCUGUGGUAAUUCCCAGCCUACAGAACACCAUCACUCAUCCAGUUGGUGAUGCCCCACCUGCCAUCCAGCUGCCUACACCUGCAGUCCAGCGCCCAAGCCCCAUCUCACUUUUCCAGCCCAGCGUCUCCAGUACUGCCCAGGUGGCCCUCCAGGCUCCAAGUCUGCCCCUUCGCCCGGCACUCCCACCCCAGCACUUUGCUGGGCCUUCCCAAACAGACACUCAUCAGCUGCAUUCUGGAGCCAGUCGCUCUGUGAAGAGACCCACUCCUGUCUCUCUGGAGAACACCAACAGGAUUCCAACUAGUGCAAGUACUGUCCAUGCCAGAUUUGCGACCUCAACCAUCCAACCUCCGAAGGAGUAUCCCAGCGUUUCCACUUGUCCCAGAAGUGCUCCAAUCCCCCAGGCUCCUCCUAUUCCACACUCACAUGUCUACCAGGCUCCUCCCCUUGGCCACCCAGCCACGUUGUUCGGGACACCACCACGAUUUUCUUUUCAUCACCCUUACUUCCUACCUGGACCUCACUACUUCCCAUCAAGCACGUGCCCUUAUAGUCGGCCUCCCUUUGGCUAUGGAAAUUUUCCAAGUUCAAUGCCAGAAUGCCUUGGUUAUUAUGAAGACAGGUACCAAAAACAUGAGGCUAUGUUUUCAGCUUUAAAUAGAGACUAUCCUUUUAGAGACUACCCAGAUGAACGUACACACAGCGAAGAUUCUCGGAGUUGUGAGAGCAUGGAUGGGACCUCUUACUAUAACAGUCAUAGCCACAGUGGGGAAGAAUACUUAAAUCCCAUGCCUCAGCUGGACAUUGGAGCCUUGGAGAAUGUCUUCACAGCCCCAACAUCAACUCCCUCUAGCAUCCAGCAAGUAAAUGUCACUGACAGUGAUGAGGAGGAAGAAGAAAAAGUGCUCAGAAAUUUAUAA